GUAGCCUGAGUAUUGGGACUAUGACACUGACCUGAGACUAAGGAUUAUAUUUUAUAAAACUCUGAAUCGAAGAAAGAUUACAGAUCAACUGGGGUAUUAUUGGAAAACAAACAGGAUGAAGAGAAAAGAAGUGACCGUUUUUAUACUGAGUAUCAUUCUGCAAAUCUCAUUUGCACAAUCAUCAGAUGCAACAGCAUCAACAAAUGAAAUAAUUACAGAAAGCACACUGGGAACAUCAACUGGUCUUACUGAAACAUCAGAAUCCACAGAUGUCACAUCUUCAGCAUCACCAAGUUCUUCUGCUGAAACAACUGCAGAAACAACACUGGGAACCUCAACUAGUUUUACUGAAACAUCUGAAUCCACAGAUGUCACAUCUUCAGCAUCACCAAGUUCUUCUGCUGAAACAACUGCAGAAACAACACUGGGAACCUCAACUAGUGUUAUUGAAACAUUAGAAUCUACAACUGUCAUGUCUUCAGCAUCACCAAGUUCUUCUGCAGAAACAACACUGGGAACCUCAACUAGUCUUACUGAAUCAUCAGAUCCCACAGCUGUCAUAUCCUCAGCAUCAGCAAGUUCUUCUGCUGAAACCACUGCAGAAACAACCUCAACUGGUCUUACUGAAACACCAGAAUCCACAGCUGUCACAUCUUCAACAUCACUAAGUUCUUCUGCAGAAACAACUCCAGAAACAACACUUGGAACCUCAACUAGUCAGACUGAAAAAUCAGAAUCCACAGCUGGCACAUCUUCAUCACCAAGUUCUUCUGCAGAAACAACAUUGGAAACCUCAACAAGUCUCACUGAAACAUCAGAAUCCACAGCUGACACAUCUUCAGCAUCAACAAGUUCUUCUGCAGAAACAACUACAGAAACAACAUUGGGAACCUCAACUGGUCUUACUGAAACAUCAGCAUCCACAGCUGGCACAUCUUCAAUAUCAAGUUCUUCUGCAGAAACAACUGCAGAAACAACUCUAAGAACCUCAACUAGUUUUACUGAAACAUCAGAAUCCACAGCUGACACAUCUUCAGCAUCACCAAGUUCUUCUGCUGAAACAACUGCAGAAACAACACUGGGAACCUCAACUAGUCUUACUGAAAACUCAGAAUCCACAGCUGUCACAUUUUCAGCAUUACCAGGUUCUUCUGCAGAAACGACUCCAGAAACAACAAUGGGAACCUCAACUAGUCUUACUGAAACAUCAGAAUCCACAGUUGUCACGUCUUCAGCAUCAUCAAGUUCUUCUGCAGAAACAACUGCAGAAACAACACUGGGAACCUCAACUAGUCAAACUGAAACCUCAGAAUCCACAGCUGUAACAUCUUCAGCAUCACCAGGUUCUUCUGCAGAAACAACUCCAGAAACAACAAUGGGAACCUCAACUAGUCUUACUGAAACAUCAGAAUCCACAGCUGUCACAUCUUCAGCAUCACCAAGUUCUUCUGCAGAAACAACUCCAGAAACAACAAUGGGAACCUCAACUAGUCUUACUGAAACAUCAGAAUCCACAGCUGGCACAUCUUCACCAUCAAGUUCUUCUGCAGAAACAACUGCAGAAACAACACUGGGAACCUCAACUAGUCAUACUGAAACCUCAGAAUCCACAGCUGUCACAACUUCAGCAUCACCAAGUUCUUCUGCAGAAACAACUGCAGAAACAACACUGGGAACCUCAACUGGUCUUACUGAAACAUCAGAAUCCACAGCUGGCACAUCUUCACCAUCAAGUUCUUCUGCGGAAACAACUGCAGAAACAACACUGGGAACCUCAACUAGUCUUACUGAAACAUCUGAAUCCACAGCUGGCACAUCCUCAGCAUCAAGUUCUUCUGCAGAAACAACACUGGGAACCUCAACUAGUUUUACUGAAACCUCAGAAUCUACAGCUGUCACAUCUUCAGCAUCACCAAGUUCUUCUGCAGAAACAACUGCAGAAACAACACUGGGAACCUCAACUGGUCUUACUGAAACAUCAGAAUCCACAGCUGGCACAUCUUCACCAUCAAGUUCUUCUGCAGAAACAACUGCAGAAACAACACUGGGAACCUCAACUAGUCAUACUGAAACCUCAGAAUCCACAGCUGUCACAUCUUCAGCAUCACCAAGUUCUUCUGCAGAAACAACUGCAGAAACAACACUGGGAACAUCAACUGGUCUUACUGAAACAUCAGAAUCCACAGCUGUCACAUCCUCAGCAUCACCAAGUUCUUCUGCAGAAACAACUGCAGAAACAACACUGGGAACCUCAACUAGUCUUACUGAAACAUCAGAAUCCACAGCUGGCACAUCCUCAGCAUCAAGUUCUUCUGCAGAAACAACACUGGGAACCUCAACUAGUUUUACUGAAACCUCAGAAUCCACAGCUGUCACAUCUUCAGCAUCACCAAGUUCUUCUGCAGAAACAACUGCGGAAACAACACUGGGAACCUCAACUGGUCUUACUGAAACAUCAGAAUCCACAGCUGGCACAUCUUCACCAUUAAGUUCUUCUGCAGAAACAACUGCAGAAACAACACUGGGAACCUCAACUAGUCAUACUGAAACCUCAGAAUCCACAGCUGUCACAUCUUCAGCAUCACCAAGUUCCUCUGCAGAAACAACUCCAGAAACAACACUGGGAACCUCAACUAGUCUUACUGAAACAUCAGACUCCACAGCUGGCACAUCUUCACCAUCAAGUUCUUCUGCAGAAACAACUGCAGAAACAACACUGGGAACCUCAACUGGUCUUACUGAAACAUCAGAAUCCACAGCUGGCACAUCUUUACCAUCAAGUUCUUCUGCAGAAACAACUGCAGAAACAACACUGGGAACCUCAACUAGUCAUACUGAAACCUCAGAAUCCACAGCUGUCACAUCUUCAGCAUCACCAAGUUCUUCUGCAGAAACAACUCCAGAAACAACACUGGGAACCUCAACUAGUUUUACUGAAACAUCAGAAUCCACAGCUGUCACAUCUUCAGCAUCACCAAGUUCUUCUGCUGAAACAACUGCAGAAACAACAUCAGAAUCCACAGCUGUGACAUCUUCAGCAUUAACAAGUUCUUCUUCAGAAACAACUGCAGAAACAACACUGGGAACCCCAACUAGUCUUACUGAAACAUCAGAAUCCACAGCUGUCACUUCUGCAACAUCACCAAUUUCUUCUGCUGAAACAACUGCAGAAACAACAAUGGGAACCUCAACUAGUUUUACUGAAACCUCAGAAUCCACAGUUGUCACAUCUGCAACUUCACCAGGUUCUUCUGCUGGAACAUCUGCAAUGACAACACUAAACACAUCUGGAUCAACUACAGGUAUCACAAUGGAAACUACAACUAUCACACCACAAACAUCAUCAGAUGUUACAGAACCACCAUCAACAUCUUUUUCAGAAUCAACUACCACUAAUAUGCUGCAAACAUCAACAGAUGUUACUUCAGAACCACCAUCAACAACUUCUUCAGAAUCAACUACAGCAAGCACACCACAAACAUCAACAGCUGUUAAAUCAGAACUACCAUCAACUUCUCCUUCAGAUUCAACUACAGCAAGCACACCACAAACAUCAACAGAUGUUACAACAGAACCACCAUCAACUUCUCUUUCAGAAUCAACUACAGCAAGCACACCACAAACAUCAACAGAUGUUACAUCAGAACCACCAUCAACUUCUCCUUCAGAAUCAACUACAGCUAGCACACUGCAAACAUCAACUGAUGUUACAUCAAAACCACCAUCAAUUUCUCCUUCAGAAUCAACUACCACUAAUAGACCACAAACAUCAACAGAUGUAACAUCAGAACCACCAUCAACUUCUCUUUCAGAAACAACUUCCACUAUCACACCACAAACAUCAACAGAUGUUACAUCAGAACACCCAUCCACUUUUCCUUCAGAAUCAACUACAGCUACAACACAGCAAACAUCAACAGAUGUUACAUCAGACCCACCAACUACUUCUUCUUCAGAAUCAACUACAGCUAGUACAACGCAAACAUCAACAAAUGUUACAUCAGAACCCCCAUCAACUUCUCCCUCAGAAUCAACUACAGCUACUACACUGCAAACAUCAACAGGUGUCACAUCAGAGCCACCAUCAACUUCUCCUUCAGAAUCAGCUACAACUAUCACACCUCAAACAUCAACAAAUAGUACAUCAGAGUCACCAUCAACCUCUCCCUCAGGAUCAACUACAUCUAUCACACCACUAACAUCAACAAAUAGUACAUCAGAGCCACCAUCAACUUCUCCUUCAGAAUCAAAUACAACUAUACCACUACAAACAACAAAUGGUACAUCAGAGUCACCAUCAACCUCUCCUUCAGGAUCAACUACAUCUAUCACACCACUAACAUCAACAAAUAGUACAUCAGAGCCACCAUCAACUUCUCCUUCAGAAUCAAAUACAACUAUACCACUACAAACAACAAAUGGUACAUCAGAGCCACCAUCAACUUCUCCUUCAGGAUCAACUACAUCUAUCACACCACUAACAUCAACAAAUAGUACAUCAGAGCCACCAUCAACUUCUCCUUCAGAAUCAAAUACAACUAUACCACUACAAACAACAAAUGGUACAUCAGAGCCACCAUCAACUUCUCCUUCAGGAUCAACUACAUCUAUCACACCACUAACAUCAACAAAUAGUACAUCAGAGCCACCAUCAACUUCUCCUUCAGAAUCAAAUACAACUAUACCACUACAAACAACAAAUGGUACAUCAGAGCCACCAUCAACUUCUCCUUCAGAAUCAACUACAACUAUCACACCUCAACCAUCAACAAAUAGUACAUCAGAGUCACCAACAACUUCUCCUGUAGAAUUAGCUACAACUAUCACACCUCAACCAUCAACAAAUAGUACAUCAGAGUCACCAUCAACCUCUCCUUCAGGAUCAACUACAUCUAUCACACCACUAACAUCAACAAAUAGUACAUCGGAGUCACCAACAACUUCUCCUUUAGAAUCAAAUACAACUAUCACACCUCAAACAUCAACAAAUAGUACAUCAGAGUCAUCAUCAACUUUUCCCUCAGAAUCAACUACAGCUACUACACUGCAAACAUCAACAGGUGUCACAUCAGAGCCACCAUUAACCUCUCCUUCAGAAUCAAAUACAACUGUAACACUACAAACAACAAAUGGUACAUCAGAGUCACCAUCAACUUCUCCUUCAGUAUUAACUAUAUCUAUCACACCACUAACAUCAACAAAUAGUACAUCAGAGCCACCAUCAUCUCCUUUAGUUUUAACUACAUCUAUCACACCACUAACAUCAACAAAUGGUACAUCAGAGUCACCAUCAACUUCUCCUUCCGAAUCAAAUACAACUAUCACACUACAAACAACAACAAAUGGUACAUCAGAGUCACCAUCAACUUCUCCUUCAGAAUCAACUACUUCUAUCACACCACAAACAUCAACAAAUGGUACAUCAGAGUCACCAUCAACUUCUCCUUCAGAAUCAACUACUUCUAUCACACCACAAACAUCAACAAAUGGUACAUCAGAGUCGCCAUCAACUUCUCCCUCAGAAUCAACUACAUUUAUCACACCACAAACAUCAACAAAUGGUACAUCAGAGCCACCAACUACUUCUCCUUCAGUAUUAACUACAUCUAUCACACCACAAACGUCAACAAAUAGUACAUCAGAGCCACCAUCAACUUCUCCUUCAGGAUCAAAUACAACUAUUGCAGUACUAACAUCAACAGGUGUUACUUUAGGAUCGACUACAGACAUCACACAGAAAACUACAGGUGUAACUACAACAGUAGGUGCAACUGACAUAAGGAAUAUUAGCUUUACCACUAAUGAAACAUUUAAUACUGCCCUAUUAGACACAUCUUCACCUGCCUUUAUUGCUCGAGCGCAGCUUGUUCAAUCAGAGCUUGAACCAGUCUUAAAGAAUGAAUCCAGCAGCUUCAGUCACCUAACAGUGAUACGUUUCAGACCAGGAUCAACCAUCACAGAUAUGAGUUUAUACUACACACAUUCAAAUGGGAGUCCAAGUGACAGUCAAAUCAUUGAAACAAUAAAAACAGCACCUAAUACAAGUUUUCUCAUGACAGGCGUUUUUGUAACAGAAAUAUUCACUACUACUACAGCACCCACUACAACUACACCAACCACAACAGCACCUAUUGCAGCCACCACAGGAGCAAGUACUACAACUACAACAACCUCAACAGCACCUAUUUCAGCCACCACAGGAGUAACAACUACAACUACAACAACCACAACAGCACCUAUUUCAGCCACCACGGGAACAAAUGCUACAUCUACAACCCCUUCAGCAGCACCUACUACAUCCACCACAGGAGAAGCUACUACAACUACAACAACCACAACAGUACCAAUUUCAGCCACCACAGGAGCAACAACUUCAACUACACCUUCAACAGCACCUACUACAACCACCACAGGAGCAGCUGCUACAACUACAACAACCACAACAGUACCAAUUUCAGCCACCACAGGAGCAACUACUACAACUACAACCCCUUCAACAGCACCUACUACAACCACCACAGGAGCAGCUGCAACAACUACAACAACCACAACAGUACCAAUUUCAGCCACCACAGGAGCAACUACUUCAACUACAACCCCUUCAACAGCACCUACUACAACCACCACAGGAGCAGCUGCUACAACUACAACAACCACAACAGUACCGAUUUCAGCCACCACAGGAGCAACAACUUCAACUACAACCCCUUCAACAGCACCUACUACAUCCACCACAGGAGCAGCUGCUACUACAACAACCACAACAGUACCGAUUUCAGCCACCACAGGAGCAACAACUUCAACUACAACCCCUUCAACAGCACCUACUACAUCCACCACAGGAGCAGCUACUACAACUACAACAACCACAACAGCACCUAUUUUAGCCACCACAGGAACAAAUACUACAACUACAACCCCUUCAACAGCACCUACUACAUCCACCACAGGAGCAGCUGCUACAACUACAACAACCACAACAACACCUUCUUCAGCCACCACAGGAACUACAACUACAACCCCUACAACAGCACCUACUACAGCCACCACAGCAGCAACUACUACAACCACAACAGUACCUACUACAGCUACCACAGCAGCAACUACUACAAGCACAACAGUACCUACUACAGCCACCACAGCAGCAACUACUACAACCACAACAGUACCUACUACAGCCACCACAACAGCAACUACUACAACUACAACUCCUAUACCAACAACCACAAAAGCAACUACAGCAAUAGCUGCUACAACAACUACCACUACCACAACCACUACCACCACUACCACCACCACAACAACAACAGCAGCAACAACAACUGUAGCACCUCGUCCACCACCUUCUGUCGAGAUGAGUGUUGGUCUUGUGGUUGUUUUUACAGUAGAGCUUUCUAAUCCUCAGAGUAUUCAAUUCAAAACUUUGGCUGCCAGUGUGGAGCAAGCGAUGUAUCAAAUUUACAGACUACAAUAUGGCAAUCGGUUCAUCCAGGCAAUUGUGCUAGCCUUCAGAGCUCAAGUCAGACGUUCAGGUGAAAAUACGGAAGCAGAUGUCCAGCUGGUAUUCAACGACACAUCCACAAUUCCCAUCCCAACCAGUGAUGAUAUAGUGCAAACUCUGAAAACUGCAGCAGUAACUAGCAAUUUCGCUGUUCAAUUUGAUCCUACCGCAAUCACUGUAACUAAUGUGCCUUACACUAUUCCUGUUACAUUCCGAACAAAUGGGACUUUUGCAACAGAUCUAUCAAAUCUGAAUUCAGUUUUAUUCACAAACAGAUCGGUCAUGAUUAAAACAGGACUUAACCCUUUUUUCAUUGCUGACUUCUAUUCUUCAUUCAGCACCUUAAUCAUGUCAAACUUCAGCAAUGGAGGUCUUAAAGGAAGUUCGGAUACGAUUCUGAACUUCAUGGACCUGACUUUUGCCAAAAGCGCUGGAGUUCCCAACAUCACGAAUAUCGGGAACACUAUGCUUAGGGCAGCAAGAAAUAACAGCCUUCCAUUCAAAAUUUUCACCGACGAAAUCAUUGUGAAUUACACGACAAUAUCAUCAAGCGAGAUCACCAGCAAGAUCAAUGUGUUCAUGUCGUUCUUCAUGGUGGCUGUGUCACUUCUUUUUGUACGAUCCAGCUAAUCCUACACCACCUCCUCCAUUUAGAAUAAUAACCUUUAUUAGGUUUGACAUUCUAGUUCCUUUAAUAAAAUAUGCCAAGCUAUUUAUUUGUAUUAAUGUGCAUUAUAAAAAAAAGCACAAUAAAGAAAGCAUUAUAUGAAUUUGCACAAGCCAGCCAGUAUAAAUGUGCAAGGAUAGUGUUUGGUCAGUACUCAUAGCUUUAAUUAAUUUUGGAAUCACUCAGUGGUGAGCUUGUCACAGGCAUUUUCUAAAUGAUUCUUUGUAUUUGAAUCUAUCCUGAAGUCAAAGUCUCAAGCAUGAAGAAAUUCUAUUUGUCAUGUGAAAAACCUGACAAGCUGAAAUGACAAAGACACUGUGGUUAUAUGCGUAUCUUUCUGAAUCUAUGUUACCUUUAGGCCAUAUACUUGCACAUGAAUGUAUAUACAAAAAAGUUAUCUAUUGAUCAAGCAUAAAAGAAAAUCACAAAAAAGUGUUUAUUGAAAAAUGAAGAUUGAAGAUGAAUGAAGAUCUUUUCAAAAAAGCUUUAAAAAAUGCUGAAUAUUUAAUAUUGUUGAUCUUGUAUUUAAAAUUAGGUUUUAGUCUUAAUUAAACAUGAAGGAAAUAACACACAGACGAAACUGCUUUCUGGAGAACAAAGAAUAACUACAGUGUGGUUUGACAAGUUUUAAUACCGGUCUAUCAGUGUUUACUUUAGCAUGCUACUCAACAACUCUAUGUGACAAUGAUUGUAUAGUCACGUACUGUAAUUUGCAUAUAACAAGCAAUAAAUUAGAACAUUAUUAUUUAUUUUUGACUUCUAUAAACUUGUGCACUUUAGAGAAAUUCUGUUUUUGUUCUUCUACAUUGUGCACGGCACUCUGUGUAUAUUUAUUUACUGCAGUGGGUAUCCAGGUCCUUUGAAGUAUGUAUUUAUUGAAAACUAUUGAUGCUGUAUUGUGUUAGAAUUGACUGUAGCAACUAAUAUUUACAAGUUCAUUACUUGGUUUCAAAUAAACUGAUGAAAAGCUGCA